AUUUUUGCUUGUCCCCAGGCUUGUCGUUAGAAAACUAAGGGACUUUCCUUUUGAGUAUCAUGUUUACAAAAGCAAAGUGGUUUUUAAAUUUUAAACUAAGUAAGUAUCGAACAAGUAGAUAAGUCGGAUAGGAGGGAUCUGCAGGAACCGAAGGGAGGUGGAACUUAAGGUUGGAACAUCGGUGUGCUUUUAACGACGGACCGAGCUACUUCCGGGAGAGAAUGGGAGGGUGGAAAAUUCUGUGCGUUUGGCGGGUUUCGCUCUCUUAAUAAGUAUUGAUCAUUCCGCAGCUCUGGGGGCCAGACACGUGAGGAGGUAGUGACGCCGCCAGUGCCGGAACACGCUGCUGCAGGCUCCCCGAUGGCCAUGUCUGUGGAUUUUAAAACUUAUGUAGAUCAGGCAUGUAGAGCUGCUGAGGAGUUUGUCAAUAUUUACUAUGAGACAAUGGAUAAAAGAAGACGGGCACUAACUAGGCUGUAUCUGGACAAGGCCACCUUAAUAUGGAAUGGAAAUGCUGUUUCAGGGCUGGAUGCCCUAAAUAAUUUUUUUGACACAUUGCCUUCUAGUGAGUUCCAGGUCAAUAUGUUAGAUUGCCAACCAGUUCAUGAGCAAGCAACUCAGUCCCAAACUACAGUUCUUGUUGUGACCAGUGGAACUGUGAAGUUUGAUGGAAACAAACAACAUUACUUCAACCAGAACUUCCUGCUGACUGCUCAGUCCACUCCCAACAAUACUGUGUGGAAGAUUGCAAGUGAUUGCUUCCGUUUUCAAGAUUGGUCUAGUAGUUAAAGGGGCAAAAGUCCAUUCUCAUUUGGUCCAUUAGUUCCAGCAACUGAAAUUUAUGUGAAUUAUUUUGAUUGUAGAAGCACUAAUAAUAUGUGCUAAAACUAAAUUUCUUUAAUAUUUUCUAUUCCUAUCAGCACCUUUUCUAGCAGCUGCCAGUUUGGAGCAUUGCCCUCUAAGAGCUUUAAAGCUAUUUUUUUACAUGCCUUAUAUACAUUCCAAUAAUAACAUUCUUACAGUAAUAUUAAACACAUGAUCUUGGUACUAACAUACUCACUGUGAACCCAGCCUAUUGCAAAAAUAAAAUCCUUUUAUAAUAUUAUCUAUGGGAUGUCACCACAAUAUAAUGCUCUGGGAAGAAGUGAAGUUUUUUGAUUAUUAGGUUAAUUUUGUAGUAAAACACAUUGCCUGUUUUCAGUUAACACUGGUAAUGCCAUUUUAAUAUAUGACUUUUUCAAUUCAGUUCAGUGAAAAUAGUACAGGUUUAGGUUUACGUAACUACUCUGACAUAGUGGAAUUGCAUAUAGAGAUGUUCAGUAGUCUUUUUUCAUUCUAAGUGAUUUUAUUUUGACAUGUUUUCUUAUGAAGUAAAUUAAUCAACUAGAGAGGUGCAAAACAUUCUCAGUUGAUAUCUGAGUAUUGGGUGCAUUUUGUGGCUUAAAAACAAAGCUUCCUAAAAAGAUUUUUCUUGGCAGCUUCAGGUCUAUACAUUUAGGUAAUGAGUGGUAGUACAACUAAUAGCUUUAACAGGAGAAUAGGGAAUGAGAAAUAGAAAUCCAAGGCUGAAGCCAAAAGUUAGGAUGGUGGCCAAAUGGUAAACUGCUGGUACUUGUUUUCUACCUCCCAAAACUGUAGCUUAUUUUUAGGAUUUAAAUCACUAAGUUAAUAAGUAUCCUUGCCAAAUGAUCAUGAGUGUCAUUUUUGGUCUAAGACUAAUAUUUUUAGGUCUUUUCACUUCACCUCAUACUUAUCAUCAAUGUAUAUCUCCAUUUAUUCAAGAACUUACUGGGGUAAAAUAACAGCAAUAAACCUAACCUUUUAACAGGGUCUAACAUGAGAGUUGGAGUCAAAGCCAUUGUUAUCUUUUGGUGACACCCUUAAAUUUUAAGUCUUCCAUGUGAACUUUAGGCCCAAAGUUUCUUAUGUAUGACACAUCCCCCAAAUAAGUGAUUUUUUUCCCAGUGCUUUGUACUGUCAACUGCAUUAUCUUGAGUUAUUUAAAGGUAGAAUUAUUUAAUUUUGUGAUUUGUUCUUCCAUAUGACAUUGAGCAAAUAGAUCUGUUUUAAAAUAUGUUUCUGCUAUGUGGCUAACUCAUUGUUCUUUUUUAAAAAAGAAAAUGGAGAAUAGCAAAUCUUCAUGAUAAUCCUCAAAAGAACAAAAUGCUUAACUUUAUCUCUCAGUUUCUAAAGGUGAAAAACCUAGAUUCACUUUUGCUUAAACGUUAAAUAUCUUUUCCAUUUUUUAAUGUUUAUAAGCUAGAUAUGUCAACUUUGUUUCUACAUGGCAACCAAAAACUGUUUCUUUUCACUUAAUUAUAAAACCAGUAAUUCAUUUACUCUUGCCCAAAACCACACACUGUAUUUCUGUUAUAGUAACAAAAUAGAAUUACGUAGAAUUGUAUGGAACUCAGAUUUAAACCAUGCUUUCUUGUGGUACUGAUCGAAACUUACACAUUUUAUUCUACUCAUAGUGAGCUUAUUAUUUUGGAUUGAUUUUCCAAAACCACAGCUUUAGCAGGAACAAUCAGAAUGCCCAAAUGCUGUCCUUUCCAUUAUGGAGAAUAACGUCAAGUAAAAGCUGCAUAUAACUAGCAAUAACUACAUUGAAUGGUGCGCAUUGUUCAUGAUUGUUGUGUGUUUUAAGACUUGUUUAUAAAUUGCUUUUUCCAAACUCUGUAUAACUUUUAAAUGGCUGGAACUACUCUUACAAGGACUAGACUGUAUUUUUGACAUGCUCUUAUUUUUGUAACUUGAAAAAAUAAAAUUUUGCCUUGUGACAGAUUUUCUCAA